AUGAGGCGGUCUUCGCGCUUAGAUGAUGUGGAUGGCGAUCAUAUCCCCCCUCGAGCAAGACGGUACGACGACGGCAUUCUGGACCUGAGAGCGAAGCCUGACCAGUCGCCCGAUUCGCCGCCCCAUGCUUUUGACGACGGGGUACAUAGCCCCACGCGUAGGACGACAUCUCGACGACGACGCUAUCCAAGUUUAAGGAGCCCGGAGCCAAACGAGUACUUUGCUGCUGCUUCUGCCUCCUCAAUCAUGCCCCCUCCCCCAGCGCCAGUGCCUGUAAUCGGUUUAACAAGGUCUGCAACAGAUGCCGCGUAUCGAAGACCUGUUAAUUGUCUCGCUCCAGAUGACCGGUAUGAGGUACCGCUUGUGAGGAGGCAUUCGGCAAGGGAUGUGUCUCCGGGAUAUGGAAGGACGAGGGGGGGAGCAGAAUACUUGGCGCGUUCCUCAGCCACAAGCGGCCUUGCGUAUGGAGAUGAUGAUUAUGAUUGUGAUCAUAUAGAGGUUGUUGAGGAGCCCGAGGAGGAGCCGGCGAGGUACAGAGAGCGUGGUCAGUCGAGCCGAGAUGAGUAUAUCGAGUCGUCUUCGGAUAGGAGAUAUCGUAGGAGAAGGAGGAAGCCGUAUGUGGACGAGGAUGGCGAGUCGCGGAGGUACUAUGCUGCUAGUGAGGGUGGCUCCGCAGCCCAUGCGUCAUCAAGGACACCUGAUCGCAGUGUUUCGUCUCGUCGCGGGGGAGUUUAUCACGUUCCUGAUGUGAUUGAAGAUUCGCGGCCGCCGAUUUCGUCCAACAGGCCGCUAGUGCAUAGACGUCACCGAUCCGCUGAGGUUAUUCAGCUUGAGCAGCCGAAGACUCGAAGAUACAGCCGGAGUAGGGCUGGAUCGGUAUCGGGCGGUCCUUCUAGCAUCAUCGGGAGUAUAUUCGGGGCGCAGACUGUGCGACAGGAGAGUCCGGACAAGCACUUGAGGGAGGCAAAGGCGCCAAGGAAACGGCUUUCCAUCACCGAUCCGCAACACAUGCCUCCUCGAUGCUGCACGACUGACCAUAUUCCUUUAAAGCAUGUUGAACGGCUUUUCGAUCAUGCCUUCAAGAAAACUUGGAAUCGUAAAUUCGCCGAAUACUCAACCAACAAUCGAGUUUACUGUCCGUCCCGAAAAUGCGGAGAAUGGAUCAAGCCGUCUAAUAUUAAGCGCGAGGACGGCCGCAAAGUAGGAAGGUGUAGUAGGUGCAGAACCAAGGUAUGUUGCGCAUGCAACACCCGAUGGCAUGGAGCUACUUCGUGUCCGAACGAUCCAGAGACAGCGGAUAUUCUUGCCCAGGCCAAAGAAGAAGGGUGGAAGAGGUGCUACAGGUGCAAGACUUUGGUAGAGCUGAAAGAGGGUUGUAACCAUAUGACCUGUCGAUGCGGUGCUGAGUUCUGCAUGAUUUGCGGCAUAAAAUGGAAAAACUGCGAUUGUCCCUGGUUCAACGAUGAUGAUCGCCGCGCCGACUUCUUGAAUGAUAUGAAUAUUCCGAUUCCUGGCAUCAGAGGCGACCUGGGCGACAUAUUUCAAGGCAACGGUCCGCCUGCACCGACCGAAUUACGAGGGCAUACAGAACCUCCUCCUAUGAUGAUGCCAGUUCGUCGAAGACCAAGGACGUACCAGGAGGAAAUGCACAUGCGACGACAGCAAGAGUCGUUCGACGCCGACCUUGCUCGUCAAUUGCAGUAUACGGAUGAUUACGACGAAAAGCACAGUUACAGUAUGAUGGGUGGCUUGGGAGACAUCCAUGGGAUUGGAAACGCAGCAGGGCAUUAUAUGAAUGAGAAUUACAGACGUGGCGGACACUACAGGCCCCAAGCACAAACGACAGCAGUACACGACAGACCUGAGUACGGUGAUACUCGGCGCUCACGGGGCCGUUUAGAAACCUCUCAAGAACGACGACUAGCAGAUCGUCUAUCAGAAACCCGAUCCGGCUUUGGAUCUCCUCCGGCAGCAGGCCCAAUAUGCCCAGUGGGCAGGAGCGUGCCUCCUCCACCAGUACCUGCGGCUCCUAUCCCGCCCCUCACGCUGCGGCACCAUACGGUCGAGGCGGAAACGUACAAUAUGUCGCCGUAUACUCCGCGGGCAGAGAGAGUCGUUGGGCGGCGCAUGUCGAGGGAUUACGAAGACGAGGCAAGGGUCCAUUCUCCACCGCGAAGUCAUUGGCGCAGAGACAGGGACAGCAGACCCAAGUCGAGCGAUUUGGCCGGGUUGAAUGGCACGGGACGGGGGAAGAAUCGGGUUUCGCAGUGGAGGACAUUUGUUGAGCCUGGGAUUCCGGAUGGGGAGUCAACGGCUUGUAGCACAGCUGAGGAUUCUGUAUUUGAGUGUGAAUGCAUGCAUGUCUCUGACCACGGCUGCCAAGACUACGGCCCGGUUAGACAGGACGAUAUUCAUGCACCCCGUACUGCGUACGCACAGCCGAUAAUGCUCCUCCGUGCAUCCGAGAUCCCGUAUGGCCCAGGCCCUGGGCGGCUAGUCCUCUUCGGGUGCAGCGGGAUCGGCUGCCUCUUCGCACUUGCCAUUCUCUCCGGAGUCCCGCCUGCCAGCUCAAGAGGAAAUGUCUGGUGCGUGAAGCCCGCGAGGGUCGGCCGGGCCCACUUCCAGCAACGGUCCACCUCCUAUUCCACACCCGCAGCCGUAGUCCGUCAUUCGCACCAGGCGGGCAGCACAUGUCAUCCUCCCACCACUCUUCUCAUUACACCUUCAUCUUCCCUCCAUGUCACGCUCGCAUCUCGCUUCCAAAACUUCUCGCGCCAUGAAGGGCCUGUGCUAGAACCCCCUUCUCCUCUCCAAAUCCCUGGACAGCUAGCGCCCGCCGGUGCUGCACAUGCCGUAGCUGCUGGUGCUCUGACAUCGGCAUCCUCAAGGGUCGGCAGCGUCAAGAUUGGCGAAGUCGUCCGAUACACCGUCACGUACACUCCGUCGCAGGACCGAAUCCUGCCGUCACCCGAGAAACUCUACCUUCGGAUCCGAAAUACUUCCACUAUUGCCUUGCGCGCUGCAUUUGUCCACGGCCCGUAUACGCUCUCCGUCUCGGCUUACCCGUCCAACUAUAACCCAAAUGAGAAGUAUCCCAAUCCCCGCCGUUAUGGAGUCCCCGAGUUUGAACCUAUGCUCAAAGCAGGAGGCUUGUGGGAGUGCGAACUAGUCGUUCCAGACGAUAUUCGUCAAACUGCUGGUGCCGGGCGGCAUGGCGGGUUCGGCAAAAGUUCUGAGCACGACGACGAAUGCGCUAGCUGGAUCAUUGAAGUUGCCUCACAGGUCAUUUUCUCGACCUCGGCCGCCGUGGGGUUCGAGGUCGUGGUGGCGCGGGACUACAAAUCGUUAAACCUGAGCCAGACAUUGCCUAUUGUUGGUAAUGCAAGCGCGGUACCUCAGCCCGGCCGUGUCAGUGACUACCAGCAGAGCAUUGGAGCCAAGGACGGGCACCAUUCUGCGCAGCUCAAAGGUGUCUUCUCUCGCGCAGUCCACCUAAAAGUGGAGGAUACAGCUGCGCUCUGGAAUACUCCAAGACUUCCCGGCUGGGACGAUGUGUGCGAAAAAAGAGUCGAAGCUGCAGGUGCAGACAAGCCUGUACAAAGUACGGUUAAGACGGGCGAUCCAGGAACCAACGAGUGCAAAUCAUGUCGAAUAGGAGAGCGGAAGAAAAAAAAAGUCCACCUGGUUAUUUUAACCCAUGGGUUACACAGUAACCUAGGAGCCGACAUGUUAUACAUUAAGGAGAGCAUUGACGUUGCUGCUAAACAGGCACGGAUAGAUGCGAAGGCUAGGCGGGCAAAGGAAAAGGCAGCUGAGAAGGAAGCUAUUACCGAGUCGAAAUCCGAAGACACGAAAAAGGGCGAAGGCGGAGGCGGCGGCGGCGGCGACGACGAUGACGACGACGACGAAGAGGUAAUUGUGCGCGGGUACCCCGGAAACGCUACCAAAACUGAAAAGGGCAUCAAGUACCUUGGCAAAAGACUGUCAAGGUACGUUCUCUCCAUGACAUAUCCCGACCAACCUUUUCUUCCUAUUGGUAAAGGGGCAUUUGAAGGCCUCGCCGAGGCUAUGAGAGGCGACCACAGCCACCAGCAUCAAAACUCUCCUGAUUUAAAGCCGGCGCAUAAGCAUAGCACGAUACAAGCCGAUGCUGCGAAAGCUAAGCACGACAGUUAUUGCAGACAUUACAGGAUAACAAGCAUCAGCUUCGUUGGGCAUUCGCUUGGUGGUCUUAUCCAGACGUAUGCUAUUGCAUAUAUUCAAAAGCACUCUCCCGACUUCUUCAAUCUCAUUCAACCAAUCAACUUUAUCUCAUUGGCGUCGCCAUUCCUCGGUUUGAGUAAUGAGAAUCCUCUGUACGUCAAAUUUGCCCUCGAUUUUGGUCUAGUCGGGCGAACAGGCCAAGACCUUGGUCUCACCUGGAGGGCUCCAACCAUUGCUCGAAGUGGAUGGGGAGCCCUUGUAAGCAAUCUUGGCGAGUCUGCACACAAAAAGGUAUAUGGCGAAUCACAAGCCGAGUCGAAACCCUUGUUGCGCAUUUUGCCCACUGGCCCUGCACAUGCAGCCCUCAAAAAGUUCAGAAACCGAACUGUCUAUUCCAAUGUUGUCAAUGAUGGCAUCGUGCCCCUUCGCACCAGUUGUUUGUUAUUUUUGGAUUGGCAAGGUCUCGGUCGUGUCGAAAAGGCUCGGCGAGACGCCGGCUUGGUAGAAACUGUUGUUGGGUUCGGAUGGGCAGAGUUGACCGGCACAAGCAUCCUGUCCCCGCGGCAAAAGCAUAGACUCCCCUCAGAUGAGCAAACACAGCAAAGUGACUCUGGGACAAGCACACCAAGGGGGAGCAUGCGCCAGGUUCCGCAGCCGUCAGACGAUGCCAUAGACGAGGAUGACAGAGCAAGCAUCCGCUCUGUGCCUCGACCAUUCAAUGGAGACGACAAUCUCCCCUCCGACACUGGUGGUGAUGCUGCUCACCUCUCGCCUUUGGCCGGCUUCUUCAAUUUCUUCAAGAGCAAUGAGCCUCCCAAGCCCCAAGUAACCUCUGCGAAACAAAAGAAGAUUUUGCGCCGCGGCCAGACAAUACCGAUCAACGACUCUGACACCCCCAACUCGAGCAUCACGGAUACAAGCGACCGGAAACCCGGCAAAGCAACAACGGGGCAUGAGAUGGAAGAGGAUGUGGAUGGGAUGACUGCACCGCCCAAAACGACAUUUUUCGAAUCCGCCGGCGAUCUUCUCAACCCUAGCCUGCCCACCACAGAAUACCUGCUUGAUCCAUCCAAGCGUCCCAGAACCAUUUUCCACGACCGGGUAUACCAUCCAAGUGAUAUACCCCCUCCCCCCAUGAAAAAGCGGCAGUCGACCCUUGUCCGUCGUAGGACGCCCGGGAAGAUGUCUGCAAUGCCGCAGCAGUCGAGCGAUUCACCGUCACCUUACCCUUCAAUUAACCAUGCAGAUUCCAUGGAGUCGGCAAAGGACUAUGACGACACUGUCCACACCAACCCAGACAAACAUCCGGCCGAAGUAGUAGACGGUUCGAGCAUGCGGGUAGAAGAAAAGAUUGCCAGAGGCUAUCAUCGUGACCUUUCUUGGCGAAAAGUGCUGGUCAAGCUAGAACCGGACGCACACAACAACAUUAUUGUGCGCCGCAUGUUUGCUAAUGCUCACGGCUGGCCUGUCGUGAAGCAUUUGGUGGACGCACACUUCAGUGACUCGGAGGCUGCGCGGAUGCGAGAUGACGAGGAACCAAACGUAGAGCGGGCGUUUGCAUCUCACCGGUCGCCGGAUGCUGAUGGUCGGGAAGUUAAACGGUUGGACCAACUUGGCCAGGAAGGCGUGGGCAGCCCUGGCCCAUCGGAAGAGCCAGACGGCGGUGAAACCAACGAGGCGCGAGAGGCGCGAGAAGCACUGGACGAGGUCCCCGAAUUGCGCAAGAAGCCAGACGGCGAUCUCUCGUUACCUCCUCGUCUCGGGUCGUCGGAUCGAGCCGACUCCAUGACAUGGAGUGAUCGAGACUGGGUGGACAGUGAAAACGAGAGCGAUAUCGAAACCCAUGAGGACGCAAAGGUUGGUAACCAGAGGCACCAGCCUACGCAGCCGACAAAGGACGGGACGCAAGGGCGGCUCAGCCCGUCAUCAUGGAAGUGGGCUGAGAAAAUCGUGGGCAAGGGGUCGACAAGAAGCCGGAGCAAGAGUCCAAAGCCCGGUGAAGACAAAUGA